AUGGAAGAGGCUGUGACGAAAGAUUUUGGAAGGAUUGACAUCCUCGUACAUUCUCUUGCCAAUGGACCAGAGGUAACGAAGCCACUCUUGGAGACAUCUAGAAGAGGGUAUCUUGCUACAAUUUCAGCUUCGAGUUACUCUUUUGUCUCCCUGCUUCGGCACUUUCUUCCAAUAAUGAAUCCAGGCGGUGCUUCAAUAUCUUUGACAUACAUAGCUUCCGAAAGGGCAAUCCCAGGAUACGGAGGUGGAAUGAGCUCAGCAAAAGCUGCAUUGGAGAGCGAUACAAAAGUGCUGGCUUUUGAACUGCACUUGCUUGCCACAAAGCAUCAGGUGCCCUCAAGAGUACUGGGAAGAAUGCCGACAAACUAAAAAAAUGGAGAGACUUUAACAAAUUAAGGAGCACUAGGAGCUGUAGUCCCUCCUCUUCACCGACAUCUAAGUAGAAAAUCUCGUGUUAUAUUGUUCU